CUUCUCAGCAGAAGGCCAGCCCAGGCUUCUGGCCAACGUUGCAAUUAUCUUGCCCAUCCCCCAUUCCUCUCUGUUGAUCAAGGGGUGGCUUCAUGGUGAUACUGUUGGUGUCAAGGGAGAGUCAGCCUAGGUCUGGCUUGUACAGUCUUCUCUUUUAACCGAGGCCUUACUCAGAAAGGCCAGACAACUCCCACCCUCAUCUGACCCUCCAGGGACCUGAUGGGCUGGCUGGCAGCUCUAUCAGGGAUACUAGAGCCAGAGUAGGCAGCAACGCUUCUGAGUCCUGGUGGACUUCGAGGUGGAAAGGGACUGAGACAUGCCUAGGGUGGGGAGAUAAGGGGAAGGUUUCUGGGAUAAACAAAUGCCAGAGACUAAGCAGGAGCCCAUAGCUGAGCAGAGAAGCGUCAGAACUAUGGAUACAACGCCCUGCCCAACUCCUUGGUCCUAGCAUUUCUUUCCAAUACUAUGGUUACUUAAUCUCUACAAAUUCAGGCCCUGCCCUACCCAAGAGGAAUUGAUGGUAGCUAGCUUUAAGAGAAUCUGGUUGCUGACACCCCGCCAACCUUUCUGGGCUUGUUCUAGUCCAGCUCACAUCUUUUGUGCUGUAGCAACAGAGAAACCCUUCCCAGAUAAGCUGGGCAUUUUACCCCUGUGAGCCAUGCUGUCCUCAGCAACCAACGAAGCAGGUCCAGUUUCUCCUUUCUACAAAUGAGCACGUUGAGGUUCGGGUGUUGGCCCAUGUUCAGAAAGCUUGCCAGGGUGGCACAAAAAUGAGGACAACCUGUCCCAUCUCAGGGGUGCUCAAAACCCCCACAGCGUGCUGCCCCUGGGUCCCGCACCAGGAUUGGGUUCCCACCUGUUCUUGAUGCCUCACUCACCUCAACACCAGGCCUCCUGAAGAUAACUACCAACCAGAAACCCCAAGGAUUUUCUCUUGUCUUGCUACAGCUUCCUUGAUUCUGCCCAUCAGUACCCCCGUUACCUGCGCCCCACCCUCUGAACUGAUCCUACUGGUCUACCUGCCUCAGGCCUCCUUUGCUUCUAAUCCUCCCUCCAGUGGCAACCGGGUGACUUCAUCAUCCCACCUCCUCUCCUGCUAUCCCUGACCCCCACACCUCCCCAAAGCCAAGAACCUGAUCCAAAUUCCUUUGUAGGGCAUCACGGAGCCCUGCUUGCCAGCCUGGCUGACCUCAUCUCUCCCUGGCCCUCGCCUUGUACUUUGUUCUAGAGCCAAGUGGAAUGAACUGCUCGUCCCUGGGCCUGCCUUGCAGCAGUCCCUCUGCCAGGAAUGCCACUCCACCCUCUUCCUCCCAAGCCCUGAGUCUAUUCUUCAGACCAGUUCUUUGCUUUCAAGACUCAGCUUAAGCCUUGCCCUGAUGGCCCCCUCCCUGAGCAUCUUCCUCCAAUCCAAACGGGACUUAGUAGCACAGCCAUGCAGUCCCAGCUACUUGAGGCAGGAGGACUGCAAGUUCGAGACCUCAAAAGAAAAAGAAAAAGAGGUCUGGGGAUGUUGCUCAGUGUUAUAUGCAAGGCCCAAAGGUUUGAUCCUUAAUACCGUAAAAAAAAAAAAAAAAAAAAAAAGUUCUCACCCUUUCUACAUCUGCUAGAGUACCUGAGGGCCUGGACGCUGUGUAGCCGCUGCAACUUCUGCAUGGACCCCUGUGCACCAAGAGCGACAUAGGCAAAGGCUGUGUUUGAGUUCUCUGAUUCCCCAGCAUACCCCAGCAGAAGGGCAGGGGCCAGGGAAUUGCUAAGUGCUUGAGCUACUAAGGAACUGACUGACUAACACCAAAUGGUGCCCUGGGCACCUCCUAUGUCCCUCUCCGCAGGCAAUGACCUGUUCCUGGUGGCUGUGCAUGAACUGGGCCAUGCCCUGGGCCUGGAGCAUUCCAAUGACCCCAGUGCCAUCAUGGCGCCCUUCUACCAAUACAUGGAGACGCACAACUUCAAGCUGCCCCAGGAUGAUCUCCAGGGCAUCCAGAAGAUUUACGGACCCCCAGCUGAGCCUCUGGAGCCCACAAGGCCUCUUCCUACACUCCCGGUCCGCAGGAUCCAUUCACCGUCUGAGAGGAAACAUGAGCGGCAGCCCAGGCCCCCUCGGCCACCUCUGGGGGACCGACCAUCCACUCCAGGUGCCAAACCCAACAUCUGCGACGGCAACUUCAACACGGUGGCCCUCUUCCGGGGCGAGAUGUUUGUGUUUAAGGAUCGCUGGUUCUGGCGCCUGCGCAAUAACCGGGUGCAGGAGGGCUACCCCAUGCAGAUUGAGCAGUUCUGGAAGGGCCUGCCCGCCCGCAUAGAUGCAGCCUAUGAAAGGGCUGAUGGAAGAUUUGUCUUCUUUAAAGGUGACAAGUACUGGGUGUUCAAAGAAGUGACGGUGGAACCUGGGUACCCACAUAGCCUGGGAGAGUUGGGAAGCUGCCUGCCCCGUGAAGGAAUUGACACGGCUCUGCGUUGGGAACCUGUGGGCAAAACCUACUUUUUCAAAGGCGAACGGUAUUGGCGCUACAGUGAGGAGCGGCGAGCCACAGACCCUGGCUACCCCAAGCCCAUCACCGUGUGGAAGGGCAUUCCGCAGGCUCCGCAAGGGGCCUUCAUCAGCAAGGAAGGAUAUUACACCUACUUCUACAAAGGUCGGGACUACUGGAAGUUUGACAACCAGAAACUGAGCGUGGAGCCAGGCUACCCACGCAACAUCCUGCGCGACUGGAUGGGCUGCAAGCAGAAGGAGGUAGAGCGGCGAAAGGAGAGGAGGCUGCCCCAGGAUGACGUGGACAUCAUGGUGACCAUCGACGACGUGCCGGGUUCCGUGAACGCUGUGGCUGUGGUUGUCCCCUGCACCCUGUCCCUCUGCCUCCUGGUGCUGCUCUACACUAUCUUCCAGUUCAAGAACAAGGCGGGUCCUCAGCCCGUCACCUACUAUAAGCGGCCAGUCCAGGAGUGGGUAUGAGCAGCCCAGAGCCCUCUCUGUCUACUCAGUCUGGCCAGCCAGGCCCUUCCUCACCAGGGUCUGAGGGGCAGCUCUAGCCACUGCCCACCGGGGCCAGCAGGGCCCUAGGCCAGGUUCAUGUGUAGCUGAAGUGGUGGGUGCAUUGGUCUAGGCUGAGUGUGGGGCAGGGAGUGAUGGUGGCUGUGUCCCAGGCUGGGUAGCUGGCACCCAGCUGUCAGCCUUCUGUCCUGGGUACACCACUCUCUACUCAAGGGAAUAGGCCAGGCUCUGUCAUGAGGCAAGGAUCGUGCCAGGAGGUGCCCCUGAGGUCACUGCAUCCUGCAGUGUCUGCAAGGUACUGCAGCUCCAGUCCUGGCUGGGACCCAGUCCUCUGAGGCAAGCCAGCACUAGCUCUCAACCCCGCCCCCCCGCCCCAAGAUGCCACCAACCCCAGUCCCUCUGCCAACACCUGCUGGUCAGAUGUCCCCUCACCCCUACCCACUAUCCUCCAAGGCUACAGUGCCCCUGCUGCCAACACAGUGGGCAAAAGCCUAGGUUUCCCCUGCUAGCCAAUAGCAGAUUCCUCAGGAAACCUGCUCUGCUUGUCAGGUCUCCUCUGAGACCCAGGA